CGCCUUCCUAGAAACGAUCAUGCCCGAAUGCGUGUUCAUCCCAAGAGACAAAACUCACUGGCGCACUUUAGCAAAGACUCACGGAGCAAUAAAGGAGACAGUCAACACGAUCCAAGUGAUGCAGUCUGGUUCCUCGGUCACAGUCCAGCAGUUCCUUUCAUUCCGCGUUAUUUGGCCAGAACGCAAAAAUCCGAAACAUUUCUAUGGUAAGAAGGAAAGGGAGGAUAGCCAAGAAAUGGCGAAGGUCUUCAAAAAGAACAAAGCGUUCAACCAGUCCUUCGAAAGCUACCUGAGGGGUAUCACAAGAAACUCGGGGCCUUCGGACGUGACGGGAGUAUUUCAGCUCGUCAGAAAGUAUCAAAUGCAAGUCGACAAUCAGGUUCCAACAAAUGGAUCAACAGACCCAAUGUCGACCUGCAUUAGGAUGAGUCCAACUCCAACGCCCGGCCCGGCAACAUCGGCCGAUGGAUCCCGGGGGAGCCAACCGUCCGUCAAAAGCAGCUCGGAGCAAAGCAACCCAAGUCAGAGUCAAACACCAGCGGCUGAGCCGGGGCCGAGCCGAACGCCCACCGAAAGCAGCUCAGCGCCAACUGACUUAAGUGGGACACCAGCGGCUGACCAGGAAGGGCAGACAUUUGAACGAACUACCGACGAGCAAUAUGUCAAUCAGGCUCUGAUAACAUUUCUCGACGCGGUAACCGUGAAUCUCCCCGAAGUCAAGCGUCAUUGGGGUAUACGACGUUUCCCGUUCAAGGUCCAGUUCGCUCUAGCCAGCAUGGAGGCCCACACAGAUGGUUAUCUGUACGGACUCAAGGCCAACGACGAAGCAUUCGCAAUUGUGGAAACCAAGGCUCAUCUCCGAAAAAGAAACAGCGAAGGCGCCCGAAUCUACAUGCAAGAAUCCGCCGAAAUGGUCGCUUGGAUAUUCAGGGACGCGCGCAACAGCCGCGAAAAAUCUUAACAUUUUUUGUUCGGGCAAAAGCAAUGCCACAAAUCGAAUCUGAAGAACCUCCUGCGGCGGCUUCGGCCCCCCAACUCCUCCUCCUACGCCUGCGGGCGUCGCCAUCUUGG